AUGCCGUCGACGAACACUCUUGGCUUCCACGAGUCCCAUCAAGGUGCCAUAGCAGAAAGCUCUGCUUCAAGCGUCACGUUUGUCGAGCAUUAUCCAAGCAUACUCGCGGUUCCCAUGCCUACUGUUACGCCCAGCCCCGAAAGAUGGGAGCUGCCUAGCAUAGGCGAUGACAUUCCGAACGGUAUGGGUCUGCUGGGCUGGGCAGACCAGAAGACAGCCGACAGAAAGGUCCAAUAUGGUAAGUCAAUCGAGUCAUUUGGCAGUCAACCUGCUAAUGUUUGCGAGGACACGCAUGGGAUGCCAAAAUGCAUGGUGCCAGUAAGGACAGAGGGGUCGAGAACCCGGAUGCUAUCGUGGGCAAGAAUGGUCAUCGAACAUCUCAGCAAGGUUUGUCUUUCAAUCCUGGAUCUGGAUACGAAUACCAUCACGGCCAUCAAUUGCGUCAUACGAUGA